AAUAUGCAAUUCUAAUGCAAACUGGCCCCAACAACAGCUGGAGAAACAUCGAUGUAUCGAUGUCACAUCGACCUUACUUCCAGCUCUAGAUUGGGGGGUAUUGUUUAUGGCCGCUCCACCGCCGCUCCAAAACCGAAGUGAUUCAUAUAAAACUCGUCUCCGAAUCGCGGCGAAGAGCGCGAUUACUGGCCAACGGCUCGAAUUAGUCUCGAUCACACAAGCGAACGUCCAACUCCGCGAAUCCGUACGCGAGCCACGAGUGAAAAGUGUUUGCGUGGACCACGGUUUUCUUUCCCGUCUUCAAUCAAAAUCAAUUAGCUGCGCGUGUGCCUGGGCCGAAAACUGAACUGAACCAGAACUAGCCCACUACCGUGAGCAUUCCAAUUUGAGAGCAGCCGAAGCACACGCACACAUCGGCCCGCCGAGGGAAAAGCAACGCCAUGGACGACUUGGAUGCUCUCCUAGCUGAUCUGCAAAACAGUGUGCCAGGUCAACCCCAGCAACCUCAGUCGCAAUAUGGUACUGUGCAGCCCAAGCAGACGCCACUGCAUCAACAACAACAGCAGCAGUUUGUGGACAACACUCCAGGCUAUGGCAGUCUCAGGGGCAAGGCCCAGCCUCAGGUGUUCCAAGAGCACUACAGCGUAGAAACACGCUCCCCAACGGCCACAGGCGACUUUAAUGGCUCCUCUGCUGCACCCGGCUAUGCCAACCAGGGAUCCUUGCCACGCCAGGCGGCACCUGGGGGCUCUGGACUUUCCGAGCUGGACUCACUGCUGCAGGAUCUACAAAAUGCUCGCUACAAUGGGGCUGAAAAGAAGGAUAUCGAUGUGCCGGUUAACUAUAGCACUCCAGUCUCGAAAUAUAAUACAUACAACAGCUAUGCCACCGUGGAGGAGCGUCCCACCAUGGACAGCCUGCUUAACGAAUUGGACAAUGCUCACAUUUAUGCCGUGCCCAAUGGAUCUGCACACAAAUCACCAACGCCCGGGCGCCAUGUCACCAUCACUGUAUGCGAAACAAAGACGGAGAAGCUGACGGGUCCCGAUGGACCAGUUGGAACGGUGGAGGAGCAGAUUGUGCAGCAGAAAGAUUCGUAUACACCCAACCAUGCGUUGCCCGGUCAACAGGUUGUGCAUCAGGCAUACACGUCACAGGCCACCAAGGAACUCGAUGACCUCAUGGCUUCACUGUCUGAUUUUAAGGUCAGCAACGGAACCAACGGAGUAGGAGUCGGAAACGGAAGCCACCCGCAGCAACACUCGUCGACGUUGCAGCACCAGACGGUCACCGACUACGCCAGACCGAACAAGGGCAGCCAGCAGGCCCAUUUAACCCAGACGAUCGAGGAGACGACCAUCGUCGAGGACAGUCGCGAGGAUCAGUUGGAUUCUAUGCUAGGAAACCUACAAGCAAAUAUGAGUCGCCAAGGAGUCAAUACCGUACAGAAGGGCUGCUGCAAUGCCUGCGAGAAGCCGAUCGUUGGCCAGGUGAUCACCGCCCUGGGCAAGACCUGGCAUCCGGAGCACUUUACGUGCAAUCACUGCAGCCAGGAGCUGGGCACCCGCAACUUCUUUGAACGCGACGGCUUCCCGUACUGCGAGCCGGAUUAUCACAAUCUCUUCAGCCCGCGUUGCGCCUACUGCAACGGCGCCAUUCUGGACAAGUGCGUCACCGCCCUGGACAAGACCUGGCACACGGAGCACUUCUUCUGCGCCCAGUGCGGCCAGCAGUUCGGCGAGGAUGGCUUCCAUGAGCGCGACGGCAAGCCAUACUGCCGCAACGACUACUUUGAGAUGUUUGCCCCGAAGUGCAACGGUUGCAACAGGGCCAUCAUGGAGAACUACAUCUCUGCGCUGAACUCGCAGUGGCAUCCGGACUGCUUCGUCUGCAGGGACUGCCGACAGCCCUUCCAGGGCGGCUCCUUCUUCGAUCACGAGGGAUUGCCGUACUGUGAGACGCACUACCACGCCAAGCGCGGAUCGCUGUGCGCCGGUUGCUCUAAGCCAAUCACUGGGCGCUGCAUUACGGCCAUGUUUAAGAAAUUCCACCCGGAACACUUUGUCUGCGCCUUCUGCCUCAAGCAGCUGAACAAGGGAACCUUCAAGGAGCAGAAGGACAAGCCAUACUGCCACGUCUGCUUCGACAAGAUAUUCGGUUGAAGAUAAUUCGCAGCUGCCAAACUUCUAGUUACGGAUAUAAAUAUUGUUUUUUAUACGAUUUACGAACCCUAUCCCCCCCUCCAAGCAAGCACAAGCCCCAAACACCACACGUACACCUACUUACCGUGCAUCUGUGCUUUUGUAUAACCGAGUCAAAUUAGUACUUUAAUUAACGCUUAUCGACAGGAUACGAUAAUAAAUGCAAUCGUAAUCAAUUAGCGGACACUAAUCCUAAUCAAUUAUGUUGGUCACUUUGAUAUUGCUACUCGUUCGACAAGGAAAAGACCACAGAAUGAUAAAUAAACAUGAGAAAAUAAACAAAAA